GUUGCGUCGUUGCGUCGUUGCGUCGUUGCGUCGUUGCGUCGUUGCAGAUGAGCAGCCAAUUUUAUCCAUUAUGUAAACCAGUUGUUGCGCUAAGCCCUGUUGGGUACGCCACCAAGGGGGGCCUUAGGCCAACAUGUGCCGUGCCAGGGUACAGACUGCAGAGAAGGUAGGAAAAGACAGAGCUGCGGAGAAGCUUCACUCCUCUUACCUCGGUCCGUCCCUCUGCUUUCGGUCCUAAGUACCACCCUCACCUCGUGCGGGGCAAACGAUCCCUGUAGGACAAGAAAAGAAAAAACAAAUAAAGAGGAUUUAAUAUGCAGACAACAUGCGACCGCGCUGCUCCCCCUUUUCCUCCCCCAUAUCUUUCCAUCUGAGACGACCAAAAUGACGGGCGUUCAGACAACUCGUCCGGUCGGAAACCAGGACUAUACGUCCUCUACCGUCACCAUCAUAGGGGCUGGCCUAUCCGGUCUCUGUAUAGCUAUUGAUAUUCUCAAACGAGAGCAGUGCCGCAACAUCGUCAUCCUGGAGAAAGGCAGUCAAGUCGGAGGCACCUGGAAUGAUAGCAGAUACCCCGGGUGCGCCUGCGACGUAUGGGCUGCGUUGUACAGCUUCUCGUUUGAACAGAAGACCGAUUGGUCGAGAGAAUACCCGGGUCAGGAAGAGCUGCGGGACUAUGUGAUACACGUCGCGGAGAAAUACAGUCUGUAUAAGUACAUUCGCUUCAACACGACGGUGCAAGAGGCUCGCUGGGACGACAAGCAGCUCCAGUGGAAGGUCAACGUGGCCGUGUCUGGGGCCAAAGACAGUCAGUUCCACGAAACAUAUCAAAUCACCACCAACUUCCUUGUAUCAGCGGUAGGUCAGCUCAAUGUCCCCAGCUGGCCCUCUAUUCCCGGACUCGACGACUUCACCGGCAAAUUGAUGCACUCCGCCCGGUGGGACUGGACGUAUGAUUUCACCGGCAAACGCGUCGCCAUCAUUGGAAAUGGCGCCACCUCCGUCCAGAUCGUCCCCGAGCUGGCCAAGUCUGUCUCGCAACUCACAGUGUACCAACGUACACCUAACUGGAUUAUCCCCCGAUACGAUGCAGAUGUCUCGUCUUUGCAGAAACUCCUUCUCUCGUAUGUACCUCCCGUCCGUUGGUGCAAACGCGCCGUCAUGAUGCAACUCCGCGAGGCAACUCAUGAUCCCAUCGUUAAAUCCGACUCGGCUUUGGCAAAUUUUAUGCGGAAGAUGGCCGUCGAUGCGAUGAAGAGUCAGCUGCGCGAUAAGCCCGAGCUGUGGGACCAACUGAUACCAAAUUACUCCCCUGGUUGCAAGCGUGUUAUCGUAUCCGACGACUAUUUUGUUACCUUGAACAAGAAGAACGUGGAUCUCGAGACUCGGCCAAUCCAGCGCGUGACGGAGUCUGGAAUCGAGACGGCCGAUGGUGAUCUCCGGGAGUAUGACCUCGUUGUCGUGGCGACGGGAUUCCGGACGGUCGAGUUCAUGCAUCCCAUCCAGGUAUACGGACGAAACGGACGUCCGGUGUCGGAUGUGUGGAAGGAGGGAGCCACGGCCUACUACGGCGUCACCGUUGAGGACCUUCCCAACUUUGGUAUGCUGUAUGGGCCGAACACGAACCUGGAAAAAAUCUUGGACUCAUCGUGUGCAGGUCACAAUUCGAUCAUCUUGAUGAUCGAGGCACAGUCGCGUUACUUGAGCACCCUGAUCGGUGAGGUGGUGCGGGCCAAGGCUCGAGGAGACUCACUAGCCUUGCAGCCCCGGACGGAUGUAGUGUCGAUGUUCAACGAUCGCAUUCAGGCGGAGUUGGGGAAGAGUAGCUUCGCUGACCCGAACUGCCAUAGCUGGUAUAAGUUGGACGACGGUCGUAUCACCAACAACUGGCCGGGCCGGGUGGUCCAGUAUCAGAAGGAGAUGUCGCAGGUGCGAUGGGAGGAUUAUCUCGUCGAGGGAACGGGCAAGUCCCGGGUGGACAGUAAGAAAACGACAAAUAUCGGUCGUAUUCAGGAGGAACUGCCCGUACGCACGGCGACGUUGGUGCUGGGAGCUUUGGGGGUAGCAUUAGCGAUGGGAGGGUACUAUAUGAAUGGACCGAGUGCUUUGCUAUCGCGGCGGCGUUGGUAAUCGGUUGGCUAUCGGUCAACUGUUAUUCGCAGGCUGCUCGCUUCCUUCUCCGUCUUUUGCCGGAUAACGGGUCUGACCUUUAUGUUUUUGUUGCUAUUUUCCUAUUCCACAAUUGGUCGCCAACAUAAAUACCACGCUACUCAGACUGUUUUGAUGACGCAUGACAUGACCAAUGGCUCUUGCAGGUGCAUCGCAUGGGAUACUAGUAUCUGGGAAGAUGUAGCACGUUAAUUUGAGUUUGCAAAGAACCUUGCUAUACUGCUAUGUGGUCUCAGACUGAAACGCAACCUGUGUGACCUCUUCACCAGGAGAGCAGGGAAGACCCAUGCCAUGUAAUGCUUCUGUAGUAUCCCUGUCCUGGCUUCAAUCAGAUAACUUUAACCAGAUGGCAUGAAUGAAUGUCCAGGACAAGUCAAUAGGGCAAUUCCGUGAGUUUUCUGGAGCUGUGGUUUCGGCUGUCCUAGUGCUUAUAUGUAAGGGACUUCUUGACCUACAGUCAGGUUACGUUAAAAUAUAUAAUAGCGGAGAUACC